AUGGAGGACUACCAAGCAUUGGGCCGCAAGGAGGAGGAGGCUGCGCGCCUGCGGGCCGAGGUGGAAGAUUGGAACGAAAAACUUUCUGAUGAGCGCAAGAGCUGGAAAGUAUCUUGGGCCAAACAGAAUGAAACGUUAUUUCGUGUGCGUCAGGAGUUGAUUAAUGUCAAGGCAGCGAACGCUGCGUUGAGAAAGGAGAAGGCUGCGGCCGAAACGGUUGCUGGUAAGGCCCGAGAAGCAGAGGCCCGGGCUGUAAAGGCGCUGGAAGAGUCCAAAGAGGUGGGGGUCCGUGCUGCAAAGGCUCUUGAAGAGGCCAAUGAGAGGGAGGGCCGCGUUUCUAAGGCUCUUGAAGAAGCAAAUGCUGAUCGCACCCGUUUGAACCGGAUCGCUGAGGUGCAGAGUCGCGAGGCUAAGCUUGCGGAGGUUAAUGCCUGUGUGACUGAAGCUGAAAAGCGGGCUAGUGAGGCUGCUGAGGCCAGAGAUAGCCUUACGUCUUCAUUCAAUCAGCUUGAGGCUGACCAUGACCGGGCCGUGGCCUACCAUCGUCCCCCUUGGAGUGUUUUGCAGGGGGAUGAUGUUUCAAAUAAUCCUUCUUUUUGCAAGGAGAUUUUGGGCGGUGUAGGAACCCCUUUUGAAGUUAAUCGAGCUCGCGCCUUGCCGCGUGAGCUUCGGGUCAAUCAACUCUCUUCCAUGCUUGUGGGGAGUUCCAUAGUGGCGAAUGCCAUUAUGGAGGACUACCAAGCAUUGGGCCGCAAGGAGGAGGAGGCUGCGCGCCUGCGGGCCGAGGUGGAAGAGUUGGAGUUGAUUAAUGUCAAGGCAGCGAACGCUGCGUUGAGAAAGGAGAAGGCUGCGGCCGAAACGGUUGCUGGUAAGGCCCGAGAAGCAGAGGCCCGGGCUGUAAAGGCGCUGGAAGAGUCCAAAGAGGUGGGGGUCCGUGCUGCAAAGGCUCUUGAAGAGGCCAAUGAGAGGGAGGGCCGCGUUUCUAAGGCUCUUGAAGAAGCAAAUGCUGAUCGCACCCGUUUGAACCAGAUCGUUGGGAGCCUCCAGAUAUGA